AUGACCACCGCAGCAGGCGAAACCAAAGAUGGCACGGCAUAUUACGGUUACCUGUUCACCAAAGCGAAGCCAAUCCCGCUUGCGACGCCCGUGCUUGAUGCCCUCCUGAGAGCCAUUGCCCUGCAUAUUCAAAACGAAAUCGGUGACAAAAAUGAGAAGCACCUGACCCCGGCGAAGCUCGCUGCAUUCUACAAAACCGCUGGGCAUGACUGGGACUCAUUCUUUGUUGAAAUGCCCCAUCUGGCCAUUUCCACGGUCUACUCUGGCUUGGGCUGCCAACAUUGGCUCCUUCCGAGCGAUGACGACUUCGCGCCGCCGUCCAUCCCUGCACUGACGCUGAAGGGAUUUGUGCAAUGGCAGACGAUCCAGACCUUGCUGGGACCCCAGACUCAAGUGCCCGUGUUGCAGUUUGCCGCCGCCCACUGGGCAUUGAAGCAUCCCGACACUGGCGAGCCGCUGCCUGUUGACCUUCCGAAGGAGGCUUUCCCAUCCGAAGCCGACCCUGAUACGGAUCACUGGCACCAGGAAUGUGCACGGAGGGCCCGUCUCAAGGCGACCGAAGGCGACCCACCUGAGCCGCCCAAGGAGCCGCCGAAACCCGACUUCACGGACCGCAAGGUCCCUUACAGCCAUGUCCGGGGUCACGGGGGUCGGUGGGAGGAUGUACCCUGAGACACCAUGGACGAGGGACUGAGAAAACUCGCGCCGGCGUUAUUACGGGGAGAUGCACAUCGACAGCGAGGCUAGAAAGCAAUGGGCCCUGCUCUCCGCGCCACACUCGCACCAACCGGCAAGUUUCUGGGGAAGGGGUUGAGGCAGGGUCAAAAGAUCAUGAUGUCACGACGCAAUGAUGAUGAUGAUGAUGAUGGAAUUCAUAGGCACACUUGGGAAAUGAUUUUGAUUCUGCCCGGCGUUAUACAAGGCACGUUGCGGAAGGGCAUAUGUAGAGCGGUUACUUCGGUUGCAAUCGAACGACCUUGUCCAACUC